UUGAAAGCCACAGAAGCCGCAGGACAUCGCCACGAAGAUCCAGAAGACACCGUUAAUCAGCAAAAAUGACAUCGAAAUUGGCAAAAAUCAAGAACUUUCCCACCAACCCCGUGGAGUUCUUCAAGCAGCUUCUGCAGGCAGCUACCGAAGGAAAACCGGCUGGUUACUUGCCGGAAAUGAAUCUGGCCACGGUGGACGAGGAGUUUGGAGUCCUUAACCGCACUGUCCUCUAUCGCGGACUCACCAAAGAUAACUUUUUGUAUUAUAUCACUCAUAGUUAUACACGAAAUUGUAAGAAUCUCAAGGCCAAUCCGAAUAAGGCUGGUAUCACCUUUUACUGGACAAAUGUCAAGGAUAAGCAAGGCAGAGAAAGUAACUGGCAGGUGAGACUCAUUGGAGCCACCGCUGUGGAACUUCCAGAGAGUGAGCUGGAUGCCAUGUGGGCCAAGGAGGACCUGGCGGCCAAGAUCAGAGGUCACAUAUGCCCCUGUGGCCAACCCAUUGAUCAUGACGAACUCAAGGCGAAGCACGAUCAGUUCCUGCAGGAGCACCUGGCCAGUGGCAAGCCCAUCCCAAGACCAGACACCUACACUGCUUUCAAGUUUGAGCCCCAGCGAUGGGACUUCCUCAACGUGGCCAUCAACGAAAUCGCCGACAGAGUGCAGUAUCGUCUCCAGGCCAACGGGCAGUGGGAGUCCAUGCAUGUCUCCACCUGAAUCUAUGCUCCAUUUU